GGCUAGCGGAGGUCUUUGUGAGAGCGAGAAAGAGAGAGAGGAACAGAGCGUUCUAUUUCUCAUAGAUGAGCAGCUGCUAGGCAGGACUGUCUUGAAAGCAGAGAGACAGUGAGAGAGACCAUUUGGUGCCUGAAUGUGAGCGAGCAAGCGAGUGAGGGAGAGAGAGAGAGAGAGAGACGCACACACUCAGCGUGAGCUUGUGGUUUAAGCAGACACUAGCCGUGCGUUUAGGGAAACCCACAGUUUCAGCUCCCUGGGAUAACGGAGUGUUGUUUCUGGCCCUGCUCUUUCCCCCCUUUUUAUUCUGUUUUGUUUUAUUCCCUCCAUCCAUUCUCUUCUUCCUUUUGCCUGCGGAAAGAGCUGGACCGCUGUUACCUCUCUGAAACACGCCGAGCCGGUAGCGGAGGCUGAUGCUGUGAUACUGCAGGAGAAACAUACAGGCUCUCAUUUGAUGCAGUGAAGUGCUCUGUGAGGAAAAUCGCAAGCAAAGGUUUGCCGGCCAUGGGGAACCUCAUUAAGGUCCUUGGCAAGGAUUUAGAGAACUGUCCUCAUUUUUUCCUGGAUUUUGAAAAUGCUCAGCCCACAGAGGCAGAGACAGCCGUGUGGAAUCAGGUUAGUGCCGUGCUGGAAGAGGCCCAUGGGAUACUGGCGGAGUUACAGUCUUACAAUGGAGCAGGACAAGAAAUAAGAGAGGCGAUCCAGAACCCCAAUGACCUCCAGCUGCAGGAGAAAGCCUGGAAUGCAGUCUGCCCCCUAGUGGCCAAGCUCAAGAGAUUCUACGAAUUUUCUCUCAGGCUAGAGAAUGCCCUGCGCAGUCUUUUGGAGGCCCUCACUAGCCCACCUUACGCUCCCAUGCAGCAUCUGGAGAGAGAGCAGGCCCUCGCCAAACAGUUUGCAGAGAUCCUACACUUCACUCUCAGCUUUGAUGAGCUCAAGAUGACAAAUCCAGCCAUACAGAAUGACUUUAGUUACUAUAGGAGGACCAUCAGCAGGAAUCGGCUGAACAACCAGCAGUUAGAAGCUGAGAAUGAAGUGAAUAAUGAAAUGGCCAAUCGGAUGUCGCUCUUCUACGCCGAAGCCACACCCAUGCUCAAAACUCUGAGCAAUGCCACGACUAAGUUUGUGUCGGAGAACAAGACUUUGCCAAUUGAGGACACCACAGACUGCCUGAGCACUAUGGCCUGUGUGUGCCGUGUCAUGUUAGAGACUCCGUAAUACCGGUGCCGUUUUACUAACACAGACACCAUGCUGUUCUGCAUGCGUGUGAUGGUGGGCGUCAUCAUCCUUUAUGACCAUGUUCAUCCAGUGGGUGCCUUUGCCAAGACCUCCAAGAUUGACAUGAAGGGCUGCAUCAAGGUGUUGAAAGAGCAGCCUUCGAACAGCGUGGAGGGACUGUUGAAUGCACUGAGGUAUACAACAAGACAUUUAAAUGAUGACAGCACCUCUAAACAAAUCAGGGCCCUGCUUCAAUGAGAGCGAGAAAGAGCGACCGCAGAGAAAGAGACUGACUGUCAGAGAACAAACGACGAUGGCUGGCAAACCUCUGAAGCCGGUUUGUUUACAAGAGCAAAAUGCAACUUGAUCUCAAAUUAAAUAAGAUAUUCUAGAAAAGAGAAAGGAAUAUGAAAAUAAAUAAAUAUAUCUAUAUAUAGAUUGUUGAUGGUUCAUCAUCGUGUGUCAUUUUAUAAAAGCAGGAAAAAUAGAGAUAUAUAUAUGUAUAUUAAAAUUCAAAAAGCAAACAAAACUACCCGAUACAAAUAUAAAGGUCUUACAAAAACAUAUUAAACUUUUAGGAACUGAAUUCAAACGUGAUCGUUAAAACCACCAACAAAAUGGUUCAUAUUCCAAGUUACGUCUGAGAGUAUUUUUGCACACUUGAAAACGAGUCCCACUUCACAGGAAAGACUUUAAUGUGGCUUGAAACUGUGUAUAGUUCAGAUACAUUUUCAUACAUUUAGACUAUUUGAUUUGUAAUGCCUUUGCCUCAUUAUCCUCGAUACGCUCCAUCCAGUGCAUUCUGGGAAUUGUGGGUUUCCUGAUAAAACUGCAGUCCAUGGCAUUUUCUCUUUGGCACAAAGUCUGUUACAGAAUAAAUGUAAAGAUCACAUACUUGAGACAUCUCAAACGCAUACUAUAACCACCUAGCUGUAUAUAUUCGGAAAGCACAGGAUAGUUUUGUAAAGAAAUGAAGCGUUUUGUUAGACUUCUUCACUAGUGCUGUACAGCAAUACUCUACUGAAGUGACAACUGCGAACACGAUCAUUUGAAAUGCCUUCAUACCAAUGUAAGAGACAUUGGAUAAUGCUAACAGCUCGUCUGUGGAGGUUAAAGGCCAGUUGUACAUAUCAUGAGACGAACAAUCCUUUAAAUAGCUUUUUUUUUUUUUUGCUCUUGUAAUGUUUGGAUGCUAAACGGAGUGAGUAAGCCAUGAAACUGUAAUUCAGAAGCAAACACACAUUCUGCCCUGUGCCAUAGCUGCUUCCCGUACCACUGCGUCUCAUUCAGAGUCCACAUAUUACAAUAAUCAUCUGUGGAAAGUGAGGAACUAAUAAACCAAAUCACACCAUUGUGACCGACAACACAGCGAUGUGGAUUUGCUUUCCUCUGUAUCCCAAAGCAAUGCAUUGCCUGCAAGCAAAUCAUUGCCAAAUGAGACUGCGACAUUGCCUAGAUAAAUAGAAGUGAUGUGCCGAGUGAUUCGUUUUGUCAUGAACACAACCUAAAUCUUGAGAUACAUAAUAUACACUCAGAAAACAACAGACUUGAAGCUGCAAAACACUUGGUGUAAAUAAGAGGAGCUUUCCUGUGGAAUCUUUUGAGGCCUAAACAAAUGUUCAGUAGAGAUUCUUUCUGUUAGAAUGACAGAAUUAAAAAAUAAAAAAAGAUGUGGGUUGAAAAAACAAAAGAUUGAAUCAUAAAGAAGAUGACAACCGUGACAAACGCAGUGCUGUAUUUUGGGUGUGUCUCGCCAUUAGUCGAACUUGAUUUGAUCUUCUAAUACGUUUUCUACAUGGAGUUCUGUUGCAAAACAAAAGCUCUGUAUGAAUAUUUAGAUGGCAUGCUGUAAAAGUUCAGACAAGACUGUAAAUACGGUGUUUUUAUUCAUUUAAUUGUUCGGUGAAUCUGAAUUGGGUAUGUGUUGUCUCUAAGAAAACCAUGCGUUUUGGCUUGGACCAUUGGACUUGCCAUAGACAUUUGUUCCAGAUCUUCAACUUCAUAUCAGCGGGGAAUUCGAACGGGGGCGGGGGGAGGGGGCUGUCCAUUUGCUUGUUAUUUUGUACAUUUUGUGCAAGAAAUAAACUUGUCAUUUACUACAUUCAA